AUGGAUUCCCUUGUGAAUAUCAGCCAACUCAGCAAACCCCAGGACUUCGGGCUGGAGCUAUUAGAACGAGAGUUUCGGGCUUUCAAGGAAGAGAUAACUUCUAUGAGUCCUGAGACGAUUGCUGAAAAGCCCAAGUCAGUGAGCCGUGGCGAAACGACGCAGGGCCGACAGGAGUCCUUUUCCGCAGAUGGGUGCUCAGAGAUCUUCCUGCAACGUAAUAUCGCUACCUAUUGUGCUAUCUGGUUUGAUCAAUAUCAUUCCUGGUUUCCAAUCCUACAUCAGCCCACCGUUUUGGAGACAUGUCAGCAAUACACGGAUUGUCCGACUGCACUGGUUCCCGUUGUUCUCAAAGCGAUUUUCGCUGUCAUAUUCCCGACCCAGGUGGCGCAUAUUAGCGAUACCCAGCUACAUAAAUGGACACACGAUCUCGAGGAUGAUAUCACCCUAGUAUCCUUUCACAAUUUAUCUCUUCAAUCCCUCCAGGCCCUUCUAAUCCUUACAAUACCGGUCUUUGGCUCAGGCAGAAUGGCUGAAUUCUACAAUCUUAUGGCCCUCUGCAAACGUACACAGUUAGGCCUGGGAGAUCUGGUCAAUUAUCACUGUACAAACUUCUGUAUCGCCUCUGCAAUACCGCCACGAAUGCUUUUUCCACCCCUGACUGCCGUGGAGCGCGAGGAGAAGAUCCGAGCUUUUUGGACAACAGAGGCACUUGACUCUAUCUCUACUCUGGGCGCAGCAUGGAACCUAUCUGUAUCUCGUCACGAACCUGCUGCGACUGCGCCUUGCGAUGAGGAAAUAUGGCAGUAUCCCGAGUCGGUUCUUGCUACGUACUUCUUUGGAAACACGAAUGCGCCGUCUUCCUUCUCCUUGUUCGUCAGCCUGGCGACGAAUGAGCUCUGGCAAGUUCAUCACUUCCUGCAGGAGUCUUACAGUUCCAAAGCUUCAAUUAAUUUCCAACAAAGAAAAGAGGACUGCGACGCUGUUUAUCAACGCCUUAUGUCCUGGUUAACCGACUUCGAGGGCAUUCUAUCGAUCAGCUCACCCCCUUAUAUUGACCUCUUUUCUGAGGGUUCAGGUCAGCAUCCGAACAGUCUACUCAUUCGCUGCACCAUUCACAGUGCCGUCAUUUCUCUAUAUCAGCGGUUCAUAUUUCCGGCUGAUGGUGCCUCAGAUAGCGGCGUUUCUUGGAUCUGUGCUGCUGAUCGGUGCCUCGAAAGCUGUGAUAAGAUGGUUGUUAUCGUACGUGCCAUAAGCGAUGGCAUUCUUGAAACCAUAAAUCCACACAUCAUAUUUUGCGUUUUCGUCGCUGCUCGCUUUUAUGUCAUUUACUCCCGAGCUUCGAAUUUGGUCGUGCCCGACAAACUUUACCUUCUUGUUUACGCGCUAACAGUAGCUGGAAAACGCUGGGCGUUGGCCAAACAGCUCAAAAAGGUUCUUGACGCUGCAACGACUGAGAGCAGGUCAAGAUCAACUGGAGGUCAUCCCCUCCCAGCCGAAUUCUAUGACCUACAAUACCUAUCCUGGGAUAUCCACGAUGCCUUGAGACAGUGGGAGCAGAUGGAGGAGGCUGUAUGGACGCAGGCGGUAGUCAGUCCAUCUCGUGGAUGA